UUGACUGCUAUCUAGCUCCAGCUCCAGCUGCCGGCCGGGGUCGCGCUAGCUGGUAGUGGAAAGUAGAAAGAGUACUUACGCGCCACUAUGGACAUGGCGGCCGCCGUCGCCGGCGCUGCUGCUCAAGGCGACCUCGCCGACGUCGUGGCUCGUGCAGGUGCAAUGGCCGCACCGCCUUCAACGAGUCACCGGACACCACCCCCUCCCUCUCUGCUUGCUGCCGCAGCAGGUCACAUGUCGUCGUCUGCUGCAAUGGCCCGACGACAGAUGGUCCCUUGCGAGGAGGCGGAGUCACGGCCUGUGAUGAUGCUCGAGGCGCCGUGCAUGGUCGAUCCAUACCUGUCGUCGUCUGCGACGGCGCCGCGCGGCGCGUCCUGCUGGCUGCCGCCGCCGCAGCUGGCGGUCCAGAUCUCCCAGCAGCACACCUGCGGCUAUGGCCGCGACGUGGCGAUGGCUGGUGCUGCCACCGAUGUCGACGGCGAAGAGGCCAUGAGGAUCUCUCCAGCUGCUCAUCAAAUCAUCAAGAGAAAAAAUGAGGUGAAGAAGGUGGUGUGUAUUCCGGCCCUGCCUCCGACGAGCAGCCGGCCAGGAGGGGGAGAGGUGAUUCCGUCUGAUCUUUGGGCUUGGAGGAAAUACGGCCAGAAACCCAUCAAGGGCUCGCCUUACCCAAGAGGUUACUACAGGUGCAGCAGCUCCAAGGGAUGUAUGGCGAGGAAGCAAGUAGAGCGCAGCCGCAGUGACCCAAACAUGCUAGUGAUCACCUACACGGCAGAGCACAACCACCCUUGGCCAAUGCAACGCAAUGUACUCGCCGGAUACUCCCGCCCUCAUACUCACACAUCCACCAGCAGCUGCAAGAAGAAAAACACCUGCAGGGUUGAUCCAACAAUUUCAUCGUCAUCGUCAAAGAACGCCAACUAUUACUCCGAGCAUAACGGGGUUGCUAGUGGCAACCUCGAGCUCGAGUGCCAGCAGAUGACGACGACGACAGACAUGAUGGAAGAAGGUAUUAAUGCAGAAGCAGCAGCAGCAGCAGCAGGGUACGUUGCCUACACCAUCGGCUCUCUUGAUGAGGAGGAGAUGAUGCAUUAUCAUCAGCCAAUCCAAACUGCGGCAGAUGAGGUUUUUGCGGAGCUUGAGGAGUUGGAGCCUAGCAGCAGCAGUAACCCUUCUGUGAAUACUGAAAACAUCUACCCUAGAGGGGUAAGUUACGAGUGGCACAAGUUCUGAUGGGAUCGAUCAAGCACACAGGCCCAAGGUAUAAGGAACGAAGCUAGGCUACAACAUAUAUAUGACAUAUACACUACUACAGAAUAGCUCUUUGUUCCAGUCCAUUUGUCUCGGUUGCUUUUGGGUCCGGGACAAUAGGUGGCUUUUGUCCCGGGUCCAAAUGCUAGCCGGGCCAGUAGGGGGAUAGGGGACUUUUGUCCCGGUUGGAGGUACCAACCCGGACAAAAGAUUCCUCUUUUGUCCCGGUUGGUGGCUUCACCCGAGACAAAAGGCCCAACUCUUUUAUCCCGGUUGGUAACACCAACCCGAACAAAAGUGUGACCUUUUUAUCCCGGUUGGUGGCACCAACCCGGACAAAAGGAUCCUUUUGUCUCGGUUAGUGUUACCAACCGGACAAAAGGCCCCUCCACGUGAUAGUUCAAAAUGGAGUUAUUCUUUAUUGAGUCA